AUGACGCCAGUGUUCUCCCCAGACGGAGUCAAGCCCAUUGGUCCUUAUUCGCAGGCCAUCAAGGCCAACGGACUCGUCUUUGUCUCGGGCCAGAUUCCUGCCGAGACCACUGGAGCUCUCAUCGAAGGGACUGUGGCUGAGAAGACACAUAAGAUGUGCCAGAAUGCUCGCGCGGUUUUAGAAGCAGCGGGUUCCAGCCUUGAAAAAGUGGUUAAAAUAACGACCCAAACUUCUCAACUAACAUCACCUGAGGUCUUCUUCCAAAAUAUGGAUGAUUUCAAGGAAAUGAACGAAGUUUACGCUACUUACUUUCCUCAUAAGCCGGCGAGGAGUUCAUGCGAAGCUGUGAGGCUGCCUGCUGGGGCGAGCAUAGAGAUGGAUAUUAUUGCUUUAGAGUAG